CUUCUGUAGCAUUUUCCUCCAUUUUUAAUGUUAAUAGGUUUUGCAGCAAGGUUCAGGCCACCAGACAUGUUGUUUACGGCUCGAUCCAUCGCAAUGGACCUCAAGGAAAACUUCUCGACCCACAGCAAGGUUCAGGCCACCAGACAUCUGCCAAUGGAUGUACAACGAGGUUGUACAACGACAAGAACUGAGAAGGUGAGGUGAGGCACCUGGCAUGAUGGAACAAACCGAAGCCGUUGCCGAGCUUCUUGAUAAUGCAAAUAACAAGGCCACAGUGGGCCUGUACAGCUAUGGAUGGAUGGCGACCGAGGCUGAAGCGGCACUGGAGAUGGAGGAUCUCCUCCAUAGCGCCGUUUCAUCGGGAUUUGGCGGCCGGCCAGAGGCCAUGAUGGCCCUGUACAGCGACGGGCAGGCGGCGGCCGAGGCUGGAGGCGACGCUGAAGAAGGAGGAUCUCCUCAACAACUUCGUUUCAUCCGAAUCAAGCUCAACUGCAAAGGUUGAUGCAAGUUUUGCCAAGAACACUGUCAGUUUAGCGGUUUUAAUUAUACAAGCAAUGGGCUCAUUUCUUGCUACUGGAGGUAAAAGUGAAAGGUAGUUCACUGUUAUUAUUGUCUGAAUUUUUUUGUUUGAACUGAUGUGUCUCGGUGACACAAAAUAUCACAUUUGGCCUCUGAAAAACAGCACACAGUUUCCGUAAUGACCUUGGUUUGAAUUAACAGAAGUGUGCAACUACAUCAAUGUGUACAUGUUAUCUAAAUAAAGUGACAUGCUAUUAAGAUAUUGUCUCAGUCAGUUUGGAUGGAAGCCUAGACAUCUAGGUAAAUAUUAAUCUUGCAGAUGUUUCUGCUAUUGAGAUUACAGAUGUAGUCUAUUAUGCUUCCAGAAGCUUCAUUACUGUUUUUUUAGAGAAUGCUGCAA